CAAGGAGGGGAGCGAUGUAUAAAACCAGGACCCAGGGCUGAGCACCUGCCCGUGCCCUUACCGUGAAGAACUCCGUGCCGCCUGCUACCCAGCUAGUUGACUCAAGUCCUGAAGUCAACCCCCACCCCCCACUCCACGAUGUCCAAAGCAGCUCCCGCCAAAAAACCGGCAGCUGCGGCCCCGCCUCCGGGAUGUACCCUGGAUAUCAAUGACCCCCAGGUCCAGAAAGCGGCCAUUCGCAUCCAGGCUUCUUACCGGGGCCACAGGUCCCGGAAGGAGCUGCGGGAGAACGGGCCGCCUCGAGUGCUGGAGCCGCUGAAGGACGUGAUGUUGAUCGAGGGCAGCGCAGCCAAGCUGACUUGCCGCAUUUCGGCUUUCCCGGACCCAUUCAUCCGCUGGAGCAAGGACGGCAAGGAGUUGCGCGACGGGCCCAAGUAUCGCUACAUCUUUGAGGACCCUGAUGUAGUCGCAUUGGUGGUGCGCGAUGGCGAGCUGUCAGACUUGGGCCAGUACAGCAUCAACGUCACCAACCCCUUCGGCCAGUGCUCCGACUCGGCGCGCAUACUCGUGGAAGUGCCGGCGAAAAUUCAAAAGGGACCGGGUAACACUAAGGCGCGCAAGGGCACCACAGUGACGCUGAGUGCGGAGAUCAUGGGCGAGCCUGCGCCCGACGUGGGCUGGACCAAGGACGGGAAGGACAUCGAGGAGGACGACAGGGUGUUUUUUGAGAUCGGCAGCACCACCACGACGCUGACCAUCCGCCGGUCGACACCCCAGGACAGUGGCAAGUACGAAGUGUACGUGGAGAACAGCCUGGGUAUGGACCAGAGCUUCGCUCGCGUGGACGUCGCCUGAAAAGGACCCUCGGACCUUUCGCCCUGGCUCCGAGCCCGGGUUGGUUAGCAUCUUGCUUAAUAAAACUGCUCUCUUUGACCCUC